UUAGCAGCCGCGAGAACAACAACAUCAACAACAACAACAACAACAACAACAUCAGCGUGCCAGGAAAAAACAGGAUGAGGAAUCUCCCAGGUAAAUCUCUGGAGUUGGUUUGUUUGAGGAUAUAAAAGUGCACCUGACCGGCGGCCCUGGAGCUGCCUCCGCUGACUCGUUCUCCUCGCUGACUGGGUUGGAUCGGGAAUGAUGUCCUCCUAUGGCCAACUGCUCAGCGCCCGCUGUGCUUCGCCCUGCGAGGUGACGUGCUCCCAGCCCUACGUCGAUGCCUGCAGUGAGCCUUGUGUCGCCUCCUGCGGAGACUCCCGAGCCAUCGUCUAUGCCCCACCCGUGGUCGUGACAUUCCCGGGGCCCAUCAUCAGCUCCUGCGCCACGGAGAGCAUCGUUGGGUCGUCCAUCCCUGAAAUCGGCGGGGGAAUGGGGUCUGGAGGGGGUGGGAUGGGGUCUGGAGGAGGUGGGAUGGGGUCUGGAGGUGGUGGGAUGGGAUCUGGAGGUGGAGGGAUGGGAUCUGGAGGAGGGAUGGGGUCUGGAGGGGGCUCCUCCUGCGGGGGUGGGAUGUCACGGCUGGGGAGCCUCUACCGCAGCUCCUAUUUCUCAGGCUACGGUAGGAAUUAUUAUCCCUAUUUUUCCCGAGGGUACUACAGGUAUCGCUAUGGGAACUACGGGCCUUUUUAACCCUUUAAAGCUGAGGAAUGUCCAAAGGAAAAAUAGGAUGUAGAGUAGUAGUUGAGAGCUAGGAAUUCCAAGCAGUCUCUGCUCCAGCUGAUCCGGUCGGAGCCGGGGUUGUUUGGAUCUCGUUGUGCUUUAUCCAAGGCUUAGGAUCCCGAUGUUCCCUCCUUUUGUCCCUUGCUCCUGUUGUGUUUUGUAUGCCCUGAACCCCAAGAGUCAAACCAGUCAUGGGACUUGGCUGUGAAAGUGUCCGGCUGGAAAAAGAAUGUCUUGGAAUGACUGCUGGACUGGAGUCCAGGCUGAAAUGGGAAUGCUGGAAUGGGAAUGCUGACAUGGGAAUGCUGAAAUGGGAAUUCUGAAAUGGGAAAUGAUGACAUGGAGAUUCCGUUCUUUGUCUCUGCACUGCCUCAUCCCACUUUUUGUUUGUAUUAAAGCCCUGUUGCAUCACA